AUGGGUUUUAUGAAAGUUCGAGAAUGUAAUAUAGCCAUGCUGGCGAGACAAGUGUGGUGUCUUGUUAGUAUGGAGGAUAACUUGAUGGGGAAAGUUUUUAAAGCUAAAUAUUUUUCGCAUUUGUCGUUAUUAGAUGCUAAGUUGGGGUCUAACCCUAGCUAUGUUUGGAGAAGUAUAUUUGAGGCUCAAGAAGGGAUGAAGAAAGGAGCUAGAGUUCGCAUUAGCAAUGGAAAGAAAAUAAAUAUUUGGCUUUCGCCUUGGCUGAAUAAUUUGGAGUCUGCUUAUAUCCAAACUGAGCAGCCUCCAAAUCUGCUUAAUGCUAAGGUUAGGCAGUUACUUGAUGUUAAUGCUGACGUUGAAAAAAUUGUGAGUGUUUUGGUUAGCAAUCGCGAUGUGGAGGAUAAGUGUUCGUGGAUAAUAGAUGCUAAAGGUAAAUUCUGUGUCAAGAGUUUUUAUAAAACGAUAUAUGGAGAGAUUGACGAGGCCCUAGAUAAGUUGUGGGGUUUGUUAUGUUGGAAGCUUCUGAGGCUGGAAAAGCUUGCUAGGAUUGAAUUGAGCUUUAAAGAUCGGGUCUUGUGGUGGUUGGACGUUUUGAAGAAGGAAGAUAGAGGUUUGGCUGCUGUUUCUUGUUAG